UACACUACACCGGUAGUUGUCACAACCUGCAGACUCACGCUGUCAAAAUGUCGGAGGAAGAAGGGUACCCGGUUCAAUGUUAUGUCUACGAUAUAUCCAAGGGCAUGGCUCGUUCACUAUCCCAGGCGUUCAUAGGAAAACAAAUAGAUGGAGUAUGGCACACCGGUAUAGUUGUGUAUGGACAAGAAUACUUCUUCGGUGGAACUAGUGGUAUAGAAUCGUGUCCCCCGGGAGGGACUAUACUUGGACGUCCAGAUUCCAUUGUUGACUUAGGAAUGACUCAGAUACCUCGAGAAAUGUUCAUGGACUACCUCAGUGAACUGGCUACAAGCUCAUUCAGUCCCACCAAGUAUCACCUGUUGGAACACAACUGCAACAACUUCAGUGCUGAAGUGGCCCAGUUCCUGACAGGGAGGAAUGUCCCCGCCUAUAUCACCAACCUCCCUGCUGAGGUGCUCAGCACACCAUUUGGUGCUAUGAUCAAACCCUUGAUAGAUUCCAUGAGUGUCCAGCCAGACGGAGGUCACCCCCUCUUCCCCACAGAGCCGACGACCCAGAACACUGCCUCCGGAGCCAUGAACACGCUUGGAACAGGAACAUCCACCAGAACACGACAGAGAAGUGGCAACAAAGACUCACCCUCUGCUUCAAAAUCCGACAAGCUGGAAAUGACAGAUCCUGUCAUGUACAAACCCACUAAUGUGGUGGAGAGGUGUCGUGGCGAGGAGAUUCGGAGGCUGCUGCAGUCCCGGCUGUCGGAACAGGAGUUCCAGGUGUGGGAAGAGAUGUUGGAGUACCUGGCUGUCAAACAGAGUCAGUGCUCCUGGUCCCUCGGCAGGAACCACCUGCAGGUGCUUGCCAAAGUUUUAUGCAACAGAGAAGUAUCGGAGACCCUGAGAGUAAAGAUUUGUGAGAUGCUACAGCUUCUGGUGGUGCAGCCAGACUUUCUGCAAGUGAUUAGCCAUGACUCCGCUCAUAUGAUGGGCUACAUCCUCAGUCAGUUCAACGACCAGACUAUACAGGUGCAGACACACAUUGUACACAUGCUGGCCAACAUGCAGGCGGUGGAGAAUGGCAUUGCCACGAUGGAGAAGGUACGAGUCCCCAACACUGAUGGUCUUAGUGUUCACAAGAAGUCCCAGCAGAUCAGCAUCUCCUGCCUCACCGACCACCACGACAAGGACCUUCUAGAGGCAGCCUCUGCCCUGGCUCUCAACAUCAGUCUCAACGAGGUUGAGGAUGAUACGGAGGUCACAGUGGAAGUUGCCAGUGCAGUACUACAGUGUCUGAAUCAGGACAUGUCAGAGAAUGGAGCUCUCUAUGCCCUGUCAAGCCUUGUGAGAUUUAUGCAAAUUAAUCCAGAGGUAAAGGAUCUUGUCGUCGUAAUGAGUCCAGACUGGUCAGCAUUGUCCAAGCUGUCCGAAAGAGCCAAACAGCUGUGUGACAAGAUCAAAAAGGCCAUCUCAUGAAACCAGUGGACGUUAGUCACCAGUGAACAGACGAGGGCUGAAGAGUAGUCUCCCCUUGUACCAGCAUGGAGCACUUCACAGAUUUAGUUUACUUGAAGACAGUUGCAUGACCUGUUGAUUCCUCUUCAGCCCUCUCUCCAUAAUCUACAAACAUAUGUUUACAUGUAUGACAAUGUGAGGUUUGAGUUUAGCGUUGGAGCAGUUAGAGUUGCCUCAGCUACACAUUGUACUUGUUGAAGAUAAAUGGUUGACAUUG